CCCCGCUCAUUGAUCCGGGGCUCAGUGCAUCCUGACCGUCUCCUCCACGCCGCCAUGCCGCAGUUCCUGGAGGACCCGCGGGUUCUGACCAAGGAGCAGCUGAGGAGCCAGCUGCUGGCCCACAGCGUGGAGCUUCCGGGUGGGAACCCCACUAAGGACGUGUUCGUGCAGCUUUACCUGAACAAGCUGACGGCCCAGAACCAGGAGCGGCUUCCGGCCGCUGCGCCGGACGCCUUUUCCAGCGACGAGGAGGCGCCGCCCGUGGCCCCCAGCAGGAGCCGCUCCUCCGGAAAGAAAACCCCCAGGAAAUCAGAGAAGCUCCGCCUGGAGGAGGUCGAGGUGACGUCGCUCACUGAUGAGGGCCUGAGGGACGAGUUGCAGAAGUAUGGAGUGAGUGUGGGACCAAUCGUAGGUGAGUGCUCCUCUAUCGUGGAGAAAAUCAGCGCCAGUGAGCAGAAAGUGGAGGAAGACGUUCUAACGGAGCUUUUUACUGGCGACAUGAACAGUCCGACAGGAAUAAGCGCCACCUGUAGGAAGCCCAUCAGAGGAGCCGCCGGACGCCCCCUGAUCUCCAGCGAAGUGUGGAAUGAGGAGUUUUCCAAAACCGCCAAGACAAGCAGCUUCUCCUACAUGGGGAGCCACGCCGUCAACAGGGUGUCCAGUGGGAGCGCCUCCUCCAGCGCCUCCUCCAGCAACUCCUCCAGCACCUCCUCCAGCACCUCCUACGCCACGCUGGCUGUUACCGCUCCAACCAGAGCGCCGCGCCGCAGCACUGCUCUUUGGAAGAAGCUGGCCCUGGUCGGUGUCCUGGGUGCAUUCCUGGUUUUUGUUUACCUGGCCAUGGAGACCAACUCUGUGGGCCCGUUCCAGGCCUGAGCUACAGGGGGGGCAGCGUAGAUAGGGGGGUGAAUACUUCUGGUUGAAGUGUGAAUCUGUAGCCAGUUUUUCUUACCUCAUGAUUCCCUGGUUUGUAUUUUUAAAGUGUCUUUCUCCUUUAAGCGGUGUCCUGUAAAGCGGUGAAGAGUCCUGAUGGAUUCCUUAGAGCGAAGCACUGUAGCUUCUUGGUGCUAACUGUGUUGACAUUGUGUGCGUUGGGGUUAAAGGCGGAGCUUAGUCUUACUGCCUGGAUGUCAGCAAAGAUGGCGCCAUGACGCUGAUGCUUCUAAAACUGAAACUCUUGAUAUAUUUUCUUAAUGUUUCUUAUUAAACUGAAUUUCUAUUUUACACAAAUGUAGUUGCUGCAUUGCUCACUAAAUAAAGCGUUACUGCAGCACAUCGU